CCCCACUACCGUCCCAGCAGCUGCGGCGGGGGUGGGGCAGUCGGCCGUCACCGCACGCACACCCCAGUCGCCCAGCUGCCGGCGACCGACGUAUGACGUCACUCCGCGGGCACUCCGACCGAUGACUGGUCACACAGCCGUCCGUGACGUCAGCAUGACGGUGUUCCACGUCGCUGCGGCUGGCGUGGCGGCGACUGGAGCGUGCCGGCUGGUGUGAGGGCCGCUCCGUUCCGUCAGCCGGCCAGUAGCGCCGGAGGCCGCUCCGAGAGAGGUGGGGAGUGGGACGGUACCCACUGCUGUGCCGGACGGCGGAGUGAAAGCGACGGGCCGAGGUCCGGCCUGUGCUGGCGCAGAGACGAUAACUUAUCGCGAGCACUGAGUGGGAAAGAGCCGUGGUUUGCGAAACUGCUCUCCGGUAUUCUGUCUCGCUUUGACCACCCGCAGUGCACAGAGAAGUGUUCUUAGUGUGUCGUUUAUAGGUGCGUUCGGUGUUGGCUGCUGAUCUGCAAGCUUCGCUUGUGGUCUGUUGACCCUGAACUCUUUCUGGAGCUUGUUCACAUCGCGGGGAAUUAGACCCCGUUCAGCCGGGGUCGCAGACGUCCCCUACCAGUCCUACCUCGCCCGACUACAGAGUCAUGGCGGACUCGGACGAGUACGACUCCUAUGAUUACAUCUUCAAAGUUGUGCUGGUGGGCGACUCGGGCGUCGGCAAGAGCAACCUGUUCUCCCGCUUCACAAGGAACACGUUCAGGCUGCAGACGCUGCCCACCAUCGGCCUCGACUUCGACGCCAAGAACAUGGUGAUCGACUCGAGGACAAUACGGACUCAAAUCUGGGACACCGCCGGCCAGGAGCGGUUCAAGGCCCUCGCCUCCACGUACUACCGCGGCGCGCUAGGCGCCCUGCUGGUGUAUGACGUCACUGAACGGGACACGUUCCGCGACCUGGAGCGGCUAUGGCUGCAGGAGCUGCGGCUGCACGCCUGCGACGAGAUCGCCGUCAUUCUUGUUGGGAACAAGGCUGACCUGCGCCACCUUCGUACCGUUUCGGUGGAGGAGGGACGCGCCUUCGCAGAGAGACACGGACUCGGCUUCGUCGAAACGUCGGCGCUCGACUCGACCAACGUGGAUGCCGCGUUCGAGAACAUUGUCACAGAGAUUUACCGCCGAGUCAGUCAGCGCUCUAUAAAGGACUACCACACGGAGGACGGCCUGCCGGGUGACACCCGACCCAUGACCCUGCUGAGAGCGCUCUCCCAGUCACAGCAGCCGGAGCCUCACAAACCCGGCACAAACAUGCGCAAGUGCUGCCAGCUGUGACGAACCGUCGAACUAGUAGUGUCGGCUGCCGCCGCUGGAGGCGCUGCCGGCGGUCACGGGACUGGGAGAACUGUGAUGUGGGGUGGGUAUAGACAAUGGAGGAGAACUGUUUGACAGGGUUCAUGGUGUGUAUUUUUCACAGUGGUGUGCCAUUGAAUGCAUGCACCAAGAGACUGCGAGACUGUUGAAGGAAAGGACGUGUACUUAACUACCUACGGUGUAAAUAUGUGAAUGACGAGAUAGUGAUGAUCAAACAGAAAACUCCAAUAAUUUUGUAGUCAUUCCAGAGCUUUAUGUGUGCUAGGCGUUCCAACCUGGGACAGUUGACAGUCGCAAGUAGUGGUGCAUAUUGCACUCCAUAACUAAUGUAUAUAACCGUGUGCUCUCUUAGAAGUGUUGCCAGAUUUGUGUGGUUGGUCACGUGAUGUGCAACAUGCGAGCAAGGUGUAAUACAUAAUACUCAUUUGGUAAA